UAAACGAGGUGUAAAAUACCUCUUAAUGUUAAGGGUAUUUCGCAAAUAGUUUGAAACUCCCAAUGCUGCUGUCGCUUUGCUGAGCUAAAAACUUUGCUCUCUGUGGUUGCCCUUUUCCGUCAUUUCAUCUAAAAAUCCUUUCAUCUCCUCUCCCUCCUGACCGUUUCUCCUCAAGCUCUCAUUAACAUCUCUCUCUUUCCUUCUCUCUCUGUCUGUUGCUUGUAGUUUUUUCAAGUAGGCUAAAAAGAACAGAACAAUCUUACCUGGGUUUAAACAGAGGUUGGUUUGUCAGAUUCUCAAGUUUAUUUCUUCAGAUUGUUACUCUAUAUGAUCAAGUGAGACCUUCAAGAAUAAACAAAGACAAGUCUGGAACUUUAGCAAGAUGGAGACUGUGAAACCAAUGGCUGUUACUUCCAAGGGUAAAUUCAGACGCACGUUUGCUAAAGUUCUUAACAUCCAUAAGCUAACUGAUGUGAAGAAAACAAAGUUUGAUUCCAAGAAUACCAAUCUGUCCGAGUCUUUCUACAAGCUUGAGGAAGAGUAUGAGAGACGUCUAUCCUUAGAAGCUCUUCUCGCGAAGCUGUUUGCUACUGUUUCUACAAUCAAAGCUGGCUAUGCGCAGCUACAGCACUCUCAGUCACCGUACGACGCAAUAGGGAUUCAGAAAGCAGACAACUUGGUGGUCUCCGAGCUGAAGACUUUGUCUGAGCUGAAACAAUGCUUCUUGAAGAAACAGAUGGAUCCAAACCCCGAACGAACUCUUCUUCUCGCAGAGAUUCAAGAGCUGAGGAGUCUACUGAAGACGUAUGAGAUCAUGGGGAGGAAGCUUGAGUCUCAGCGUAAGCUUAAAGACUCAGAGAUUCUGUUUCUUAGAGAGAAGCUCGAGGAAACGACAAAACAGAACAGGUUAACAGAGAAGAGACUUAACCAAAGCGGACAGCUUUGCAACCCUUUAGACAAUCUUCACCUAUCAGCGCUGAAUCCAACCCACUUCGUUGCUUAUCUCCACCACACAGUCAAAUCCAUCAGAGGGUUCGUCAAGCUAAUGGUCCAACAGAUGAAACUCGCGGGAUGGGAUCUUUCAAUGGCUGCUAACUCGAUCCAGCCCGGCGUGUUUUAUUACAAGCAAGACCACAAGUGUUUCGCUUUCGAACACUUUGUCUCCAACGUAAUGUUCGAAGCUUUCCAUCUACCUCACUUCUCAACCGAUUCAAGAAGAUGCAAGAAACAGAGCAAAACAGAGAAACAGAGCAAAACAGAGAGGGAGACGUUCUUUGAGAGGUUUACAGAGCUCAGGUCGAUGAAAGCUAGAGAUUACUUAAACGCACGGUCCAAAUCAAGAUUCGCUAGGUUCUGCAGAAGCAAGUUCUUGCAGCUUAUACAUCCGAAGAUGGAUGAAGCUUUCUUUGGACAUACGCAUUUGAGAAACCAAGUCUCCUCUGCUUAUGUGUUUCCAGAGACGAGCUUGUGCUCUAGGUUUCUUGAAAUGGCGAAAAGGGUUUGGCUUCUGCAUUGCUUGGCUUUGUCUUUUGAGCACGAAGCUGAGAUCUUUCGAGUGCGCAGAGGUUGUAGAUUCUCUGAAGUGUACAUGAAGAGUGUUGCUGAGGAGGCGUUGGAGGAAACAGAGCAGCCACGUGUCGCGUUCACGGUGGUUCCGGGGUUUAGGAUCGGGACCAGUUUGGUACAGUGUGAGGUUUAUCUCUCGGGUUCGUGAUAGCCGUCCGAUCUAAGAUGUGAAAUCGGAGGGUGGUGAGUACUUGAGGAUGUUUUGGUAAUUUCGAAAGUUGUGGGGUUGAUUUUUGGAGAAUGGGAAGUAGUGUGGUGUUUUGCUAAUGUUGGCUCUGGCUUUUUUGAGUUUUGUCGAUAUUGGUGCAGAGAAAAUUAGAGGCAUCUCUUAGCUGUUGUCCAUUGAAUAUUUAUCUCCCUUUUUCUAUAUAAUAUGUAAAUAUUUUAUGAUUUUCGAUAUGUACUAAUAAUAUAGUUAGAGAAACUUAUUAUAAAUAAAUUCCAAGGAGCGUAAUAUUGGAACGAUGAAAA